AUGAAAUGCAAAGAAAUUGGUCAGUUAUUGCAACUAACUCAUUACAGUUACACUUCACUACUUCAAACUUGUAUCGCCGGCAAGGCGUUACGACCGGGGAAGCAGCUUCACGCGCGAUUCUUCCAACUCGGUGUCGCUUACAAUCAAGAUUUGGCCACAAAGCUUGUCAAUCUGUACAGCGUUUGCAACUCCCUGCGGAAUGCACACCAAGUGUUCGACAGAAUUCCCAAACAGAACUUGUUUCUCUGGAACGUCCUGAUUCGUGGUUACGCCUGGAAUGGGCCCCACCAGGCUGCCAUCUCGCUGUUUCACCAGAUGCUUCACUAUGGACUCAAUCCUGAUAACUUCACUUUCCCCUUUGUUCUUAAAGCAUGCUCUGCACUCUCUGCUAUUGGAGAGGGAAGGGACAUCCAUGAGUGUGUGAUUAGAACUGGCUGGGAGAGGGAUUUCUUUGUAGGUGCUGCUCUCAUUGAUAUGUAUGCUAAGUGUGGUUGUCUGGUUGAAGCUCGCCAUGUGUUUGAUAAAAUUGUUGUAAGAGAUGCUGUGUUGUGGAACUCCAUGCUCGCGGCUUAUGCGCUGAAUGGACACCCUGAUGAGUCACUUGCUCUGUGUAGGUACAUGGUGGUGACCGGUGUAAGACCCACCGAGGCAACUCUUGUAACUGUGAUUUCGUCCUCGGCUGACAUUGCCUGUCUUCCUCAUGGGAAGGAGAUCCAUGGUCUUGCUUGGAGACAUGGAUUUCAAUCCAAUGAUAAGGUCAAGACUGCUCUGAUAGAUAUGUAUGCAAAAUGUGGUUCUGUGAGAGUUGCUCGUGCCUUGUUCGAAAUGCUUAGGGAGAAAAGAGUUGUGUCUUGGAAUGCAAUUAUCACUGGUUAUGCAAUGCAUGGUCUUGCCAAGGAAGCCUUGGAACUCUUUGAGGUAAUGAGGAAAGAGGCUCGGCCGGAUCUUAUAACCUUUGUUGGUGUUCUAGCAGCUUGCAGCCGUGGGCGUCUGCUCGAUGAAGGGCAAGUAUUUUAUGAUAUGAUGGUGAGGGAUUAUGGUAUCAAUCCAACUGUUCAACACUACACAUGCAUGGUUGAUCUUCUUGGUCACUGUGGCAAACUGGAGGAGGCUUAUGAUCUUAUCCGACAUAUGAGUGUACGGCCGGAUUCUGGGGUGUGGGGUGCUUUGCUAAAUUCAUGCAAAAUCCAUGGGAAUGUGGAGUUGGCAGAGCUAGCCUUGGAGAAGCUGAUUGAGCUUGACCCUGACGAUUCGGGCAAUUAUGUGAUCUUGGCUAACAUGUAUGCUAAAUCGGGUAAUUGGGAAGGAGUUACAAGGUUGAGGCAGAUAAUGAUAGAUAAAGGGAUAAAGAAAAACAUGGCUUGUAGCUGGAUUGAAGUGAAGAACAAAGUGUAUGCAUUUCUCUCCGGGGAUGUGUCACAUCCAGAUUGUGAUGCAAUAUAUGCAGAACUGAAGAGGUUAGAAGGGCUAAUGAGAGAAGCUGGGUAUGUCCCGGACACAGGAUCUGUGUUCCAUGAUGUUGAGGAAGAUGAGAAGACAAACAUGGUGUGCAGUCACAGUGAGAGACUGGCCAUUGCAUUUGGACUCAUUAGUACUCCCUCAGGAACCAGGCUUCUGAUAACAAAGAACCUACGAAUAUGUGAGGACUGCCAUGUUGCCAUUAAGUUCAUAUCAAAGAUCACAGAUAGGGAAAUUACCGUGAGAGACGUUAAUCGCUAUCAUCAUUUUAAACAAGGAAUUUGUUCAUGUGGUGAUUAUUGGUGAUUGUAUUACAUGUAAAUAAUAAAACAAUUGAAUUCAUUAAACAUACCCAAAUCGUCUACUAGAUGUUAACGGGGGAGAAAAAUUCCCUCAGUUUUGGAGAGUU